AUGGCUUGCGCAUGCGCCUUCGUGUGUGGUGCUCGGGUUGAUGACCAGAUGAAGUUGCUGCAGCACUCGUGGUCAGAUAUGCUGGUAUUGGACCAUAUGCAUCAAAGAAUGCAUAAUAAUCUUCCUGAUGAAACGACGCUGCCUAACGGCCAGAAAUUCGACCUCCUUUGCCUGGGAUUGCUUGGAGUUCCCACACUUGCCGAUCAUUUUAAUGAUGUAAUGGCAAAACUUCAGGAUUUGAAGUUUGAUGUCAGUGAUUACAUCUGCCUCAAAUUUUUACUUCUUUUGAAUCCAAAUGUUCGUGGAAUCAUGAACAAGAAACAUGUGAUGGAUGGCUAUGAACAAGUACAGCAGGCAUUGCUUGACUACACACUAAGCUGCUACCCUCAGAUCCUGAUAUACAAUCAAGACCAUCCGUUUGAGGCUGAGCCUUUGGUUCUUGGCAAAAUCAUAUUCUCAUGCAUCAUAUUUGCCCUGCGUGGUUUCAGAUAUGGCCUGUUUUUGCAUAUGCCUUAUGAAAGAAUCAUCACAACAUUAGGACUCAAUGCAGCCAUCUUCUUGGAAUGGUGAUUUACAUGUGAAGCUGGAAGACUCAGUGUAAAUUAGAGAAUAUGUGAUUUGGCUGAAAUGGGAACGAUUGUUGUCUUGUUGACACAAUUUCAUUUAACGACAGCAGGCUCUGGCAACAAAAUUAACGACUGUAUAUACUUAUGCAUUUGUAGUUAAUGAACAGAUGGAAAAUUGGACAAAUAUUCUUGAUUCAAUUUUGAGCUGUGGAACUUGUGGAUGAGCGAGUCAUACAGUGUUAGUGUCAAGAACAAAGACAAAUCAAAUAGUUCCUUCCAUCAGUGUUGUGAUGUUAGAGAACAUCUUAUUCAUAAAUAUUUCGUGAAAUGUUCAUGAAAAUAUUUGUAAUUGAAUGAGUGUGAUGUAAUGGCUUAACACGGGCAUUAUGCUAGUUACCGGAAAGCUGAUAGUAUGGUAAUUCAGGUUCACAUAUUUUAAAGGAGGGGUAAAAAGCAGCUACUCUUAGCAUAGCAAUUUUGUGUGGAAAGUGCAAUAAAGAAUACUUGGAAGUCCUGAUGAAAUAUAAAACAAGAUUCUAUAUUGGCUAAAAGUAAGCUUUUAUCUUCUAAUUUUGUAUUUUACAAAAUAUGAACAAAGAAUUGACAAAUAAUAGCUGUAUAUUUAACAUAUACCGAAGGUGAUAAUUGAUUUAUGUCAUAUUUUAAUAUGCCUUUUGACUUUUUUUAAAAAUUGCCUUUAAAAAGUACAAAGUCAAAAAAAAGUCAUAGGCACUUUGUUAAGGAGCUAAUCACUCAGGAUAUGCAAAGUACUAUAGAUUGAGCUUUGCCUCCUUAUGCGGGAGAUGAGCUGUGAUGCCCCACCCUGUGGUCAGAGCACCCAGCAGAUGGAACUUGGGGCGCUACACCAUCCCCAGAUUAAUGCAUUUUUAAGUAUAAAAGAUUUCUUUAAUUACCAUUAUCAGAAGAAAUACAGAUGCUUCUCUAUCCUCUGGAACAGACCACAAUAACCUUGCUCAUUUUAAAAACUAUUUAUGUGUUUGUGCAUUCUCACAUUCCAGAGAGCUAAAGCAUUCUGGAAGGGAUAUAAGGGCAUGAAACUAUUUAAGCUAGUUUUACCACUGUGAAGAAAUAUAAUUGCAGGGAAGAUGAUAAUUGUGCUGCUUUUUUAAAAAUAACAAUAAUAACAGUAAGAAUAAGAAAUAAAUUUUAUAGCUUUAUUCAGAUUCUUUAUUAUUUUGUUGCAUUGUUAGUCAACAAACUGAGUUAACUUCUGAAACAUUCCUUAUAAGUGCACUUUGUAUAUUUUGAGAAUCUUGUGCUCUUUAUAUUAAUUGUUUUCCUUUGAGGAGAAACCACAAUACCGAGAAAUUGGUUGUAGAAGAGUGACAUUCUUGGCAAGUUAUUUUUUUUUUUUUUUAAUUUUUUUUUUAAAGAAAAAGUUAUUUAAACUGUUAUUUAAUUAACAAAUCUUCAAUGAAGAAGGGUCUGGUGGUGGACUAAUUAAGAUUCUAUAUAGAUUUUGUUGUAGUAUAAAUUGUGUUAUUUUCUAACAGCAAGGAGCAAGGCUGCUGUGGUCAAAAUAUGUUAUAAUGUGUAUUUGUAGGCUUGUUAAGAUGUGUAAAGAACUAGUUGUUAAAAAGAUAUAUAAAAAAUUUAAGAUUGUUACUGUGAACUUUUGUGAAGUGAAGUUUUCAAAUUGGUAACACUUGUCUCUGGUAUCUCAAAAGAUACAAAAACAGUAGUUACCUUGUCCACAAUUCCUUGUAAGGGAUGCUGCUUUCUAAAAUCUCUUUGCAUUUGUUUUAUUCUUAACUCUUUUCUUGGUUUAAUCAUUGUAAUAUACUCUGCAUUAUCUUUUUAUUGCGCUUACUCUCACAACAGUGUUCAUCUAAACAGGUUGUCACCUCAUACUGGAAGUAUCCAGUACAUUUUGACUUGUAUUUAGUGUAGGUUUUGUGAUGGCAUGUUAUUGCUAAAAAAGCAAUAUUACUUAAGUGCCCAAGUAAUAGUUUUAAUUUUAUUAUUGUGGUCCAUCUGUUGUUUGACAAGGUACUUUAAGGGUCUGGAAAAUAUGUAUAUUAUGUAAAUACAUAGAACGACAGUGAUAAAUAUUAUAUUUUUAUGAUAUAGUCUUAAUUUUUCAACUGUAAAACUUUAUUUUUGUAUGAAAGUUCAAUUUGAAAAUGGAGAAUUUAUAUGGAAAAUCCCUUUACAUUGAUUUUUGUCCUAGUAAAUUAGCAAAUCCUGCAUGCUAGGGGUUAAAUGUGUGUUGUUUGAUUAAUGUUGUGAACUGUUUUUACUGUUCAGGUAAAACCUGACAGUUCAGUGAUAUGAUCCUCAAGCAGGUGGACCAUAUAAUUAAAAAAUUUAGACAACCUGAAAUAAUAGUAUCGUUUGUUUGUUUUCUUUCUUUCUUUCUUUACAUUCUUAUAUUCACUGCCAUGGAAGAUUUGCUGUUGGAAUUCCAAUUUGUAUUUGGCAUCCCUUGCAUUGUUCACACUUUUUUCUAUUUGCUGUUGAACUAAAACAAAUUGAAGAAUUGUUGGUAUAAAAGCCAUUAUUUUAUAAAGUGCUUUUUUCUUAUCUAGAAAAUAUGUCCAUAUGCACCACCUGAGGUCAUUAUUAUUUUUGUUUGUUGUUUUUGUGAUCUGCAGAGAAAUAUAUUUUAUGUAGUUCUAAAUAAAAUAUUGAAUGUUAAAUCAAAAGAUUGAUUUAAUUGAUGUUUAGACACUUGGGUGGUGCACUUGAAGUGCUUUAACAUAGAAGUUAACAACUGAGCAAGUAAAAUAAUUUGUAAUCACUUUGUAAGAUGUUGGAUCACCUACUUUCAUGUUACAUGAUGCACUUUGAUUUGAAUGGUGCAGCCGUUCAUCCCAAUAUCGUGAAUUAUUCCUUCUUUAUUUUUCUUAUGACUUACCUUGUGAAUCUUCCUCCUUUUCCCUCCAUGUUUGUUGGAGACAACUUUGUUACCUCAAUUUUGCCCACAGUAUCAAGUCACCAUGCUGAAUGUAAAUAUGGACCGGUUCUGUAAUUGCUAUUAUUUGUACAAAAUGCUGUAUCCGUUGUACGGAUAUUAUUAAUCUUUUAAAAAGUAUUGUUCAGUGACAGGUGGUUUGUUUCAAAUCUUUGUUUUUAUUUUCUUUUUUUUUCUUCUUCUUCUUUUCUUUGCCAUUGGCUGGUGAACUGAUAAAUUACAAACUUUCUAUGUGGUGAGAAUUACUGUAAUGCAGUAGAUUUGAACAUUUUUGUGUAUUAAAAGU